UCUUUCUAAUCAUUAUAUUUUAUUUUAAAUUAGAUGAUAAUGAGCAUAUGAAAAAUGAACGAGUCAACCUCAUGAAUAUGAUGAAACUUAGUAUCAAAGUGCUUAUUCAGUCUGCAUUAAACCUGGGAAGAACUUUAGAUGCAGAUUUCCCUCCUCUGCAGCAGUUUUUUGUGGUUAUGGAGCAAUGCCUCAAACAUGGACUGAAAGUAAAAAAGACUUUCCUUGGCCCAAACAAGUCGUUUUGGGGUCCUCUAGAGCUGGUGGAAAAACUUUGCCCUGAAGCUGCUGAAAUAGCAACGAGCGUUCGAGAUCUGCCAGGGCUAAAAACUCCUGUAGGAAGAGGACGAGCAUGGCUAAAUCUUGCUUUAAUGCAGAAGAAACUAGCCGAUUAUUUGAAGGCCUUGCUUGAUCGGAAAGAUCUGCUGAGGUGAUUUGCUUUUGGAUAAAUUGCAU